AUGGCGGUAACGUUUCCUAGUCGAGUUCAGAAAUUUUUUCUCGGGUCACUGUUGCGGCAUGAGGCUUGGCGUUAUCCUGCAGGAAUAUCACUUUCUUCCGAUUGAUCAUGGAUGAGUGCUGAUUGUACUCGUUGAAGCUGCUCACAAUACAAGUUAGCAGUGAUGAACAAUUCCAGUUGCUGUCCACCAAACACACAACAAAACCUUGUUUGGGUGCAAGGAAGCCUUGGACGUAUGUGGUACCGAAUCAGUAGACGACAACCAAUGAUACGAACGCUUAGAAUUCGAAUACAAGAUCCAUUUUUCGUCGCAGGUUAAUAACCGAUUAAGAAAUGGUUCAUUAGCGUUGCGUGAAAUGUUUGCUGAACAAUGGUAAGACGCCUUAAUUCCUGAUGAAGAUGCAAACGAAUAGUUUCAGGACUCACUCUGAACAUUUCUGCAAGUUCUUGGCACGUUGUCCUUGAAAUUGCGUCCACAACCUGUCGAAGAUCCUCGUUGUCCAUGAUUGUUGGUCUCCCUGAGCGCG